UAGAGUUAUCAUUUCCUCACCCUAAAUCGGAAAAUGCCGCCGCCGUUACCCUCUCUCCAACUCCGGCGACUCCUCCUCCGCACCUUCACCACCUCAUCCCCCUCCUCCACUCCUCUCCACUCCCACCCCCGCAACACCUCAUUCCCUCUAUUCCCCUCUCGACUCUUCUCAUCCGAAACCAAUGCAAAUCCACAACAAACUCCCGACCCCACUCAAAUCGCUCUCUCCUUCUCCAAAGAACUCACCGGAACCCCCGAAUCCUCCGAUCCCCACUCAAUCUCCCAGCGCUUCCACCUCAGCUUCUCCCACAUCACUCCAACCCGCGACCUCAUCCUCAAAACCCUAAACCUCUCCCCCGAAGCCGGCCGCGCAGCUCUCGGCUUCAACGACUGGCUCCACUCAACCCCAACCUUCUCCCACGACGACGAAUCCGUCUCCCUAUUCGUCGAUUACUUCGGCCGCCGCAGAGAUUUCAAAGGCAUGCUCGAAAUCAUCUCCAAACACAAAUCCGUCGCCGGAUCAAAGACCUUAAACUCCGCCAUCGACAGGCUAGCCCGCGCUGGGCGAGCUAAACAGGCCGUGGAGUUCUUCGAGAACAUGGAAAACGACUAUGGUUUCAAACGAGAUAUUUCUACGCUGACCUUGGUGGUUAGGAAACUCUGCGAGAGAGGACACGCGAGUGUGGCGGAGAAGUUAGUUAAGAAUAACGUUAACGAGAUUUUCCCCGACGAGACGAUUUGUGAUUUACUGAUAAGCGGUUGGUGUAACGGCGGGAAGUUAGAUGAAGCGGUUAGGUUCGCUGGUGAGAUGAGCAGAGGAGGGUUUGAGAUAGGGACGUUGGCUUAUAACUUGAUUCUUGAUUGUGUUUGUAAGCUUUGUAGGAAGAAAGAUCCGUUUCGGUUACAAUUGGAAGUUGAGAAAGUUUUGUUGGAGAUGGAGACACGUGGCGUCCCGAGGAAUACUGGGACUUUUAAUGUGUUGAUUAAUAAUCUUUGUAAGAUUAGGAGGACUGGUGAGGCUAUGGAAGUUUUUGGGAAGAUGGGUGAGUGGGGUUGUCAAGGGGAUGCUGAGACUUAUCUUGUUUUGAUUAGGAGUUUGUAUCAGGCGGGGAGGAUUGGGGAAGGUGAUGAGAUGAUUGAUAAGAUGAAGUCAGCUGGGUUUGGUGAGUGUUUGGGGAAGAAGGAGUAUUAUGGGUUUUUGAAGAUUUUGUGUGGGAUUGAGAGGCUUGAGCAUGCGAUGGUUGUGUUUAAGAAUAUGAAGAGUGAUGGGUGUAAGCCUGGGGUUAAGAGUUAUGAGUUGUUGAUGGGGAAGAUGUGUGCGAAUAAUCAGGUGACUAGAGCUAAUGGGUUGUUUAAAGAAGCUGUGAGGAGAGGUGUUGAGGUUAGUCCUAAGGAGUAUAGGGUUGAUCCGAGGUUUUUGAAGAAGAAGAGUAAGGAUGUGGAGAGUGAUGUGAAGAAGAGGGAGACUUUGCCUGAGAAGACUGCGAGGAAGAGGAGAAGGCUUAAGCAGAUUAACAUGAGUUUUGUUAAGAAGCCUCAUAACAAGAUGAGGAGGAGAAUGUGAUGUUGAUUAGCUUAAUAAUCGAAAUGUUGAAAUGUUUUUGGUUUCAAAACAGUCUUUGUUCUUUCCUUGUUUCCGAGAAGGUACUGAUUUUUUAUCAGUAACUUAAUAAUCUUUUGGUUCUGCUUAUUGUAACAUUUGCACACUUUUCAUGAGUUGCACUAGAAUCUGAGAUACAAUUUUAAGUUUAU